ACUUCUGUGAACGCCGCUUUAGGGGAUUUGCUUAUCGUUGUGAUUCUUGUGACUUCGAUCUCCAUGGAACCUGUACUUUACUUCAAGUAUCUGUUGCUUCGAAUUUCCCUACCUGUUUGCACCAGCAUCCAUUGUUCUUCGUCGAAAACCAUGAAGACGAAGUCACAAACGAUUGCUAUGGAUGUAAGAAUCCAUUGUUCGGUCCGAUUUACCACUGCUCGGAUUGUACUUAUCCGACGUUCUUUAACCUUCAUAAGAAAAGUGCAGAAUCAAGCCUUGAGAUUAAUCACCCCUAUGAUCUUAAGCACCCUCUUACUCUUUUGCCGGCACCAGCUGCUACUCAUCCUCAAGAAUGUAGCUGCUAGUUGUGCAAAAUCCAGUGGGAUGGGUUUGUUUAUUCUUGCUCUCUUUGCAACUUUGAGCUUACCCUUGAUGAUUUCUUGGCACCAAAAGAAAUCACAGUUGCAAGUCAUGGACACCCAUGGAUUCUUCUACUGAAACAAAUAUCAUUUGUUUGUGAUUUUUGUGGCAUCGCCGGAAAUCACAGCCCUUAUCUCUAUAUUAUGUGUAACCUUGUUGUACACAAGAAGUGUAUUUCGAUGCCCCGAAAUUUCAUGAUUACGCGACAUCCUCAUGUGAUUUCUCAUUCAUUUUGUCUUCAAGAAGAUGAUCAGUUUCAAGAAUGGAUGUGCAAGAUUUGUUAUGAAGAAGUCGAUACAAGGUAUGGCAGUUACUGUUGUUCUGAUUUCGAUUGCAAUUAUAUUGCUCAUGUAUAUUGUGCUACCAAUAAAGCGAUUUGGGAUGGAACAAUUGUCUCGGAAGACGCGAACAAGAGGUUCGAGGAAGCAUCAUGUGAGUCUCAGAACUUGAUUACCGAUGUUGUUGAACAAAUGCGAAUCGGUGAGCAUAUGGUUGCGGUUGAGAUCAAACAUACCUAUCAUGAUCACAAUCUAAUACUCAUUUUUAGUGGAGAGAUCAAAGAUGAUAGCCAAUGUGAUGGGUGUAUGAGGCUUAUCUCAACUCCUUUCUAUAGUUGUGAGCAAUGUAAGUUUUUUCUCCAUAAACAUUGUGCUGAAUUGCCUAGAGAAAGACGACAUCCAUUUCACAAUCACUUGCUAACACUCUCGAACUCAAACUCAAGGGGUAACUAUUCAAUAUGCUAUGCUUGUUGGCGUCCUUACCAUGGAUUUAGCUAUCAAUGCAACUACAAAGAUUGCGGAUCAUUCUUUCGAUGCGACGUUCGAUGUAUUUUGUUAUCGGACACUCUAAAGCAUCCGAGUCAUGAGCAUUCACUCUUUCUCAUCCACGAUUUUCCAACAAAGUGCAGUGGUAGUCUCGAAGUAAUAUUCGAAGAUUGUAUUGCAUAUAGAUGCAUGAAGCGUUGUGAUUUCACUUUAGACAUACGAUGUGUGAAGUUACCGCUCACGGCUCGAUACAAGUACGACAGACAUUCCCUUACUCUGACUUAUUCCGAUAAUUCUAGUCCUUCUCAACAUUACUGUGAUCUGUGUGAGAAUGAACGAGACCCGAAUGACUGGUUUUACUACUGUGCCGAUUGUGAUAACUCUCUUCAUUUCGUAUGUGUUCUCGGGGAUCCUCUGUUUAUGAAGCUUGGAAGCAAAGUCAAAUUGUCUUGUCAUCAACAUCCAUUAACUGUUGUGAAAAACAUCUGGAAUUGUCGUCGAUGUAAAGUAUGCAGUAGUCUUCGCAGUGGGCCUACUCUAGAAUGUAGAGAAUCUGAAUGUAAUUUUAACAUUCACUGUGAGUGCAGUCGACUUUUAUAUAGAUAUUUCCAAUGA